AUGCCUAACCAAUUCAAGUACACCACCGAUGAGAGGCGAUCGUCUGUCAUUUACUCUACUAGUGUAGGCAAAGGUGGCUUGUAUGUUCCACAAGACUAUAUUCCACCGGAGGCAACCGAGAGAGUAAUUGAUGAGGAGAUGGAAAGAGGUGACAGUUCUGAUGAACCGUUAACUUAUCAAAGCUUAAGUGUAAAUAGAAAUUCAAAUGCUGGUAGCAACAAGAGGAGGAGUGAUGAGUAUCAGUCCCUCAUAGAAGCAAAUAAUGCGAGAACAUUACAAAGGGAACAUAAUGCAAGGCAAUCUAUAACUAAUGCUGAUGGCUAUGGAGCAAUUAGUAACUAUAGGAAAAAUUCUAUUAACAAAGAGUUGUUAGAAGAAGAACGUGAUUUACUGAUUGAUAAUCAUCUUUUGGAUACAUCAAAAUCAAGAAGGCAUAGUCAAAGUGUAGGCAUAAAUGCUGCGCAAGAUUUCUUUUUAGGGCAAGGCUAUAAUGAAAAUACCAAUAGUGUACAUCCAGACUUAUUUAUAGAAGGAGAAGAGGAAGUUGAGGAGGAGGAGGAAGAAGAAGAAAUAAUAAACACAUGGGAAGAUGCAAUAGAGUCGGGAAAAGAAAUUAGUACUUCUUUUCAUAGGGAGAUACAGGUCAUAUCCGUUAAUGCCUUUCCUCUUGUUUUUACAUUCAUCUUACAAAACUCAUUGUCACUAGCAUCAAUAUUUUCUGUAUCGCAUUUAGGAACGAAGGAAUUAGGUGGUGUUACACUGGGAUCCAUGACCGCUAAUAUUACCUGUCUAGCUGCAAUUCAAGGUCUCUGUACUUGUUUGGAUACGCUAUGUUCACAGGCUUAUGGAGCACGGAACAAUCAUUUAGUCGGAGUUCUUGUCCAAAGAUGUGCCAUUAUUACAUGUUUGGCAUUUUUGCCUGUUAUGUAUAUAUGGUUCUUCUGGUCGGACAGAAUACUGGCAUCUAUGAUUCCUGAAAAAGAGCUUUGCUCACUUGCUGCAAGUUAUUUGAAAAUAACAGCUAUUGGAGUUCCGGGAUUCAUUUUCUUUGAAUGUGGAAAGCGUUUCUUACAAUGUCAAGGUAUCUUUCAUGCAUCAACUAUUGUGCUUGUUAUAUGUGCGCCGCUUAAUGCAAUUUUGAAUUACAUAUUGGUAUGGGAUAAAAAUAUUGGUAUAGGCUACCUUGGUGCACCAACCUCAGUAGCUAUUAGUUAUUGGGCCAUGGCUCUGGGCCUUUUGGCUUAUACAGUAUUGACCAAGCAUCCUGCGAAUCCUAUGAAGUGUUGGAAUGGAGUUAUCAAGCCUAAUCAGCUAUUCCGUAACUGGAAGAAGAUGUUCAAUCUUGCUUUGCCUGGUAUUAUCAUGGUAGAGGCUGAGUUUCUCGGUUUUGAAAUCCUAACAGUUUUUGCUUCAAGAAUCGGUACCGCACCUUUGGGUGCUCAGUCUAUUGUUGCUACAGUGGCUUCUUUGGCUUAUCAAGUUCCAUUUUCAAUUUCCGUAUCCACUAGCACAAGAGUAGCCAAUUUCAUCGGAGCAUCUCUUUACAAGAGUUGUAUUAUUACUUGUAAAGUUUCUUUACUACUAUCUUUUGCAUGUUCUUCAUUGAACAUGUUAAUUAUAUUUACAUUUAAGAAGCAAAUAGCAGGUUUGUUUUCGAGUGAAGAAGAUGUCGUUUCUCUUGUGGUGUCAACUUUGCCUAUUUUGGCUUUCAUGCAGUUAUUUGAUGCGUUUAAUGCUUCUACAGCGGGCUGUUUACGUGGUCAAGGACGCCAGAAAAUCGGUGGAUACAUCAAUCUGUUUGCAUUCUAUUGCAUUGGUAUUCCAAUGGCAUACUGUUUAGCAUUUGUUUUUAAUACAGGUGUUGGAGGACUAUGGUAUGGUAUUACCUGUGCGUUAGUCAUGAUGAGUAUUUGCCAAGGUUAUGCCGUUUUCCACUGUGAUUGGAAACAAAUUAUAGAGGCUGCCAAAGUUCGGAAUUCUGAGAGCUGCAGGCCAUAG